AUGGUCGCUCCCACCGCCUCCCAUGUGGAAGUGCGAGCACGAACCUCGUAUAUAUUUCCGUCUCCGGCCUUUCUGUCUCCUUUUGGUGCUGGUAGCACUCCCGCGAACAUGGUGAACGUUCCUAAAACCCGCCGGACUUUCUGUAAGAAGUGUGGCAAGCACCAACCCCACAAAGUGACACAGUAUAAGAAGGGCAAAGAUUCUCUAUAUGCCCAGGGAAAGCGGCGUUAUGACAGGAAACAGAGUGGAUAUGGUGGGCAGACUAAGCCAAUUUUCCGGAAGAAGGUUAGUGAUAACUGCUAUUGA